CAGCUUCAUGCAGUGAGAGGAGAAGGGUAGAUGUGUAUGAGCGUCAGGGACUGGUCUCACACACACACACACACACACACACACACACACACACACACACACACACACACACACACAGCAGAAUAGUGAAGACAGCUGGCAGUGUGUAAGAUGCGUUAUGGCGUCACAGGGCUCAUGGCAGGGAUAAGCAGAGAAGCUUAACACAGCCAGGAAAGAGAGCGCUGCAGAUGAGGAACAAUGACGGAGCGCUAUGACUGUCACUACUGUAAGGAGUCCCUGUUUGGGAAAAAAUAUGUACUGCGGGAGGAGAACCCUUACUGUGUAAAGUGCUACGAGAGCCUGUACUCCAACACCUGUGAGGAGUGCAAGAAGCCUAUUGGGUGUAACAGCAGGGACCUGUCGUAUAAGGACCGCCACUGGCAUGAGGACUGUUUCCACUGCUUCCAGUGUAAUCGCUCGCUGGUGGACAAACCGUUUUCUACCAAGGAUGAGCAGCUCCUGUGUACUGAGUGCUACUCCAACGAGUACUCCUCCAAGUGCCAUGAUUGCAAGAAGACGAUCAUGCCUGGCUCCAGGAAGAUGGAGCAUAAGGGCAACAGCUGGCAUGAGACCUGCUUCACCUGUAAGCGCUGCCAGCAACCCAUUGGUACAAAGAGCUUCAUCCCCAAGGACAACAACAACUAUUGUGUGCCCUGCUAUGAGAAGCAGUUUGCGAUGCAGUGUGUGCACUGCAAGAAGCCCAUAACCACUGGAGGCGUGACCUACCAUGAUCAGCCGUGGCACAAGGACUGCUUCCUGUGCACCGGCUGCAAGCAGCAGCUCUCGGGUCAGCGCUUCACGUCUCGUGAUGACUUUGCCUACUGUCUCAACUGCUUCUGUAACUUGUAUGCCAAGAAGUGUGCCUCAUGCACUUCUCCCAUCAGUGGACUUGGAGGGAGCAAGUACAUCUCUUUCGAGGAGCGCCAAUGGCACAACGACUGUUUCAACUGCAAGAAGUGUUCUGUGUCCCUUGUGGGCCGAGGCUUCCUGACUGAGAGAGAUGACAUCCUGUGCCCCGAAUGUGGCAAAGACAUUUAAGAAUUCACCCAAAGCAAAGAAAAAAGCAUGGCUGCAUGGAAGAAUUGUGAUAGGUCUAUAUAAAGCUUAGUCAUAGCUAUAGAUUUUAGCACCACUGAUUAUAAAGGUGCACUAUUUUAGAACAGGCAAGUGAACUUUAACCUCAAUAACGGCUUUAGCACUCAAGUUAAGAAUACAAUAGGUGUCAUGAGCUAUAUUUUGCCUAGAUGUUGAUUGCAAUUAUGGCAUGAGCAAGAUGAGUUACAAAAUAAUAAUAAUAAAAAAGCCACAAAAAUAUUAACCCACUAACCAGUUUAUAAAGACAUCUUUUAGCGAGUCUUUACGAAUACAACACUUUCUAUAUCAGAACUAAUACUAUUUUAACUAAUACUGUGCAAUAAAUCAAAUUAUGUGCAGUAAAAUUCCACCUGGAAUUAUAUCUGUGAGGAUUUCUCAAUAAUGUGUGUGCGUAUCAAAAUGAUCUAUGUAUCUAAAGAUACGUAAUAAAAUCCUUAAAUUCUAAGAAAUGGUUCUGGUGUUCCAUUCUGAAAAAAUAAAUCAAUCAAUUCCAAAUCACAUUUCAUCAAUAUUUCACUUAGGAACUUAUACAAUUGAUUAAAAUACCUUUCUAUUGUUUAAAUGAUCAUUAAAACAUUUGACCCUACUUAAAAGAAGUCAACUGUUUUAAUAAUUAAAAGAGCAAGAGCCCCAUCUAGAGGUCGAUGUGGGAAGCACUGGACUGGCAAAAAAAAAAAAAUAGAAAAA